AUGAGGCUGCUGCUGCUGCUCCUGCUGCCGCUGAGCGUCUGCGCUCAGCCCCGAGGUCUGUUCCCGGCCAUCCUGAACCUGGCCAGCAAUGCGGAGAUCAGCAGCAACGCGACGUGCGGCGAUCCCGACCCGGAGAUGUUCUGCAAGCUGGUGGAACACGUUCCAGGACGCCGCAUCAGGAACUCACAGUGCCGCAUCUGCAACGCCAGCUCUGUGCACGCCAAAGAGCGACAUCCCAUCACCAACGCCAUCGACGGGACCAACCAGUGGUGGCAGAGUCCCAGCAUAAAGAACGGACGGCAGUUUCACUGGGUGACCAUCACCCUGGACCUGAGACAGAUCUUCCAGGUGGCUUACGUCAUCAUCAAGGCAGCCAACUCCCCCCGACCAGGAAACUGGGUGCUGGAGCGCUCUGUGGACGGCGUGACCUUUGACCCCUGGCAGUACUAUGCGGUCAGUGCGUCGGAGUGCCUGACGCGUUACGGCGUGACGCCGCGGCUCGGCCCGCCCACCUACAAGAGCGACACCGAGGUCAUCUGCACCUCCUACUACUCCAAACUCAACCCCCUGGAGCACGGGGAGAUCCACACCUCCCUGAUUAACGGGCGCCCCGGGGCCGACGACCUGACCUCUGACCUCCUGACCUUCACGUCGGCGAGGUUCAUCCGGCUGCGGCUGCAGAGGAUCCGCACGCUCAACGCCGACCUCAUGACCCUGACCCAGGACCCCCGGGACCUGGACCCCAUCGUCACCCGCAGGUAUUACUACUCCAUUAAAGACAUCUCGGUGGGGGGGAUGUGUAUCUGCUACGGCCACGCAGAGAGCUGCCCCUGGGACCCCGUUACCAAGAAACUGCAGUGUGUGUGUGAGCACCACACAUGUGGCGAGAGCUGUAAUGAGUGUUGCCCCGGUUACCACCAGCAGCCAUGGCAACCAGGGACCGUCUCCGAGGGAAACACGUGUGAGAAGUGUAACUGUCACAACAAAGCGUCAGAUUGUUACUACAACCAGACGGUGGCUGAUCUGAGGCUGAGUGUAGAUUCCAGCGGCGUCCAGCAGGGCGGCGGCGUCUGCAUCUCCUGCAGCCAGAACACAGCCGGGGUCAACUGUGAGACCUGCACCGACGGAUACUACAGACCCCACCAGGUGUCUCCCUACGCUGACUCUCCCUGUGUGGACUGUCUGUGUGACCUGAGAGGAGCUGAGUCAGCAGUUUGUAUCAGAGACGAGAAACACGCCCGGCCAGGCCUGUCUGCUGGGCAGUGUGUGUGUAAGCAGGGCUUUGCGGGGCAGCGCUGUGAUCGCUGUGCGUUUGGAUACAGAGACUUCCCCCUGUGUUCCCGCUGUGAGUGUCACCUGGCCGGCAGCACCAACACCGACCCCUGCGACGACUGCACCUGCAAGCUGCGGGUCAUGGGAGCGAACUGCGACCUCUGCCAGCCCGGCUUCUACAACCUGCAGGCCGCCGACCCGCUCGGCUGCAGCGACUGCUUCUGCUUCGGAGUGUCCGACGUGUGCGAGAGCUCUGAUUGGUCCAGAGCACAGUUGGUUCACACGGACGCUUGGCUCCGCCCCUCCCAGUCUCUCUCUGUCUACAGUGCUCCCGUUGUCCAUGGCAACGACCUCCUGACCCCUGGCAAUGCCUCCUCUGGCCACGCCCACCGCCACGUGAUGUCAUGGGCGGCACCGGACAGUUUCCUCGGCAACAAGCUGGCGUCCUUCGGGGGCUUUCUGAACUACUCAGUGGUUUAUGACGUCCCAUUGGACAACGAGGAUCACUCUCUCCCCGCCCACUCUGACAUCAUCAUCGAGGGUAACGGGAGGACUCUUCGCCACGCCCCCCCGGUCCUCCUCUUCCUCUCGCCGCUCGCCGAGAGCUCGGUUGCUAUGGUGAUGGUCCCGCAGGGCUUCGUGGACGUGCACACGGGCGUGCACGUGACCCGGGACGACCUGCUGACGGUCCUGGCUGACGUGGCGUCGCUGAGGGUCCGAGUUCACCUCAACGCCUCCGCCGACGGGCCCCUACGUCUCAGCACGGUGUCUCUGGACGUGGCGGACUCUGGCUCAGGUUCAGGUGUCCAGGCUGUUGCCAUGGAGAUGUGCGAGUGUCCCUGGGGUUACAGCGGUACUUCCUGUGAGUCUUGUAUGCCAGGUUUCUACAGAGUGGGCGGGGUUUUGUUUGGAGGAAACUGCAUGCAGUGUGAAUGCAACGACCACGCCACCGAGUGUGACAUCAACGGAGUGUGUCUGGGCUGUACCCACAAUACAACGGGGCUGCACUGUGACCAGUGUCUUCCUGGUUUCUAUGGCGACGCCACCGAGGGAACACCUGACGACUGCCAGCGCUGCGCCUGUCCUCACACUCAGCCGUCCAACAGCUUCAGCCCCACCUGUGUCCUGGAGGAUUCUGGGAAGGUGUCAUGUGACCAGUGUCAGGUGGGCUACACGGGCUCCAGGUGUGAGAGGUGUGCCAGCGGUUUCUACGGCGACCCGACGGUGUUGGGCGGGGCCUGCGUGCGGUGCGAUUGCCAUGGCAAUGUGAACGUGAGCGAGGCGGGUCACUGCGACAGCGUGAGCGGCGAGUGUCUGCGUUGCCAGGGCAACACAGCCGGGUGGCACUGUGAGCGCUGCCAAGACGGUUACUAUGGAGACGCCGUAAACGCCAAGGACUGCCGAGCGUGUGGCUGUCACCUCAGCGGCGCCCUCUCCAGUGUGUGUGAUGUCACUGCGGGUCAGUGUGUGUGCAGGGAGAACGUGGUGGGCCGGACGUGCGACCGCUGCCAGGUGGGUUUCUUCGGGCUGCAGAGUGGGCGGGGCUGUCAGGCCUGUAACUGCAGCCAAUCAGGCUCGCUCUCUGAGUCAUGUGACGAGGGGGGGCGGUGCCAGUGCGUGGAGGGCCUGGGCGGGGACAAAUGUGACCACUGUGCUCACGGCUUCUACGGUUACCGCGGCGACGGGUGUACAGCAUGCACCUGUGCUCACACACACGGCAACUGCGACCCGCAGAGCGGCGAGUGCAUCUGCCCCGCCCACACAGAGGGAGACAGGUGUGAGAGGUGUGAGACAGGCUACUGGGGUCACGACCCCGAGAAAGGCUGCAAGCUGUGUAACUGCAGCGCCGCAGGAAGCUCCACCCCCCAGUGCGAUCUGACCAAUGGCAUGUGUCGCUGUCAGGAGGGGUUCAUGGGCAGGUCAUGUGACCGCUGUGCCCCUGGUUACUAUGGUUACCCAGAGUGCACGGCGUGCGGCUGCGACGUGGCGGGAACCCGGGAGGAAUACUGCAACACGACGCUGGGAGUGUGUGGCUGCCUGCAGACCGGAGAGUGUGUGUGCAAGGGCAGCGUGGGGGGCCGGCGCUGUGAGGAGUGUGUGUCGGGCUCGGUGGGCUUGUCGGCUCUGAACCCGUCCGGCUGCUCCGCCUGUUACUGCUCCGGCCUGUCCAGCGUGUGUGACGAGCGGGGGGGCAUGGUCCGGGUCCCGGUGAGGCUGUCGGACUCAGACCAGCUGACGGUGGUGAGUCUCUCUGACCUGCAGGGUGUGCUUUCUGGAGUCUACCAGCAGGGCGGCGACACGCUGCUGGACCCGCGGCAGCUGGAGGGCAGCCGCCUGGCCGGCCCACUCUACUGGAGGCUGCCCCGCCGUUACCAAGGCAACCAGCUGCUGUCCUAUGGCGGCCUGCUGUCUUACAUCAUCACCUUCUACGCGGAGGACAGCUCGGGACUGGCCAAUCAGGAGCCUCAGGUCCUGAUGAGGGGCGGGACUCUGAGGAAGCUGGUGAUCUACACCGACAUGGUCGCCCCUGGCAACGGCAUCGCGACACAGCACGACAUCAGCCUGACAGAGCACCGGUGGAAGUAUUUUAACUCGGUGUCGGAGAAGGCGGUGAGCCACAGCGACUUCCUGUCCGUCCUCAGUAACGUGCAGUACGUCCUCAUCAAGGCCUCGUACGGGACGGUCCUGCAGCAGAGCCGAAUGCUCCAACAUCACCAUGGAAACGGCAGGAAGGGCCGAGGAGGUGGAGGGCGGGCCGGAGGCACAGGCGAAGUGUGCUCCAAGGUGUACUUCCGGCAGGUGAGAGUCCGUCAGACAGGUGAGAGUCCGUCAGACAGGUGUGGGUCUGUCAGACAGCAGGGGGAGCUGUUCAGCGGCCAGGUGGAUCAGUGGCGCCCCCUGCUGAGGCAGCGUGUCGACGCUCUGGUCGUCGGACUGAAGACGAGAAACGCCCUGAACAGAGUUUAUGAGGCAGAGAGCCACGCCCACCUGCUGCAGAGCCACGCCCACUCCCUGCACAGCUCUCUCUCCUCAGUCUGUAAUGUUUCUCAGAACGGAAGCCGAUUGGUUCAGGUCGACAGUGACAUCACAGCGCAGAUUGACUCCGCCCAGCAGGACGCCACAGCCGCUAUGAGCUCCGCCUCCCUGGCUCUGAACAUGACGGUCCAAUCAGAGCAGCCGCUGGUCCUGGAGGGCGGAGCCAAACUGAACCUCAGUUCUGCACUUCUGGAAAAGAGCCGACAACUGAACCUGACAGCUGAUGAUCUGCGGCUGAACGUCGCCAUGGCAACAGCCAGACUGGGAUUGGCCAGAGAGCGCUCGCACAACGCCAGCCUCCUCCUGCGGCAGCCAAUCAGAGCGCUGCAGAGCCUGAACGGCUCGGGGGCGGGGCUGCAGCAGGCGCAGCGUCAGGCUGCAGCGGCGGGCUCCGGCCUGCAGGAGGCGCUGCAGCGGCUGCAGCAGCUCCGACAGGACCUGCACCGCUCUUCUUCUGUGGUGGAAAACACAAACAACACCGUGAGACACACCAACCAGCUGGUGGAACACACACACACCACCGCCAAUGAGGCGCAGCGUAAGCUGGAGGAGGCGGAGCGUCGCACGGAGCGUCUGAUGGACAGGAUGAAGCCGCUAAGCAUUCUGGGAGAAACACUGAGCAGAAACCUGUCUGACAUCAGAGAGCUGAUCAACCAGGCCAGGAGACAGGCUGCCUCGAUCAAGGUGGCGGUGCAGGCGGAGAGGGACUGUGUUCGCUCCUACAGGCCGCAGCUGCACUCCAGCAACUUCAACUCUCUGACGCUGACGCUGAAGACGUCCACCGCCGACAACCUGCUGUUCUACCUGGGCAGCAGGAGCACGGUGGACUUCAUGGCGGUGGAAAUGCAUGCUGGGAAAGUUUCUCUGGUGUGGGACGUCGGCUCCGGCAGCACCAGGCUGGAAUAUCCCCACCUGGACAUCACCAACAACAGAUGGACCCGCAUCAACGCCACGCGGUUCGGCGCACACGGCUCGCUCUCCGUCCAUCAGCUGGAGUCGGAGGCGGCUCCGUUGCCCGCGGUAACAGCAGCAUCACCGGGACGCGCCCGCAUUCUGGACAUCGACAACAACACCGUCCUGUACAUAGGAGGACUGGGAACACACACCCAGAGGCCCGCGGCGCUCAGUGUGUUCAGCUUCCAGGGCUGUCUGGGUGAAGCGAUGCUCAACGAGAGGAACAUCGGCCUGUGGAACUACAGGAGCAGGGAGGGCGAGUGUCGAGGCUGCUUCAGCAGUCCCCAGGCAGAGGAGACUUCCUUCCAUUUUGACGGCUCUGGCUUCUCAUUGGUCCAGAAGUCUCUUCGCUCCACCUCCACCUCCAUCGUGCUGCUGUUCAAGACGCUGUCGCCGGGCGGAUUACUGCUGUACCUGGCCUCCAACAACACCAGGGACUUCCUGUCCAUGGAGCUGGUGGAGGGGCGUGUCCGUCUGACCUUUGACCUCGGCUCCGGCCCGCUGAUCCUGACCUCCAGCAGGAAGUACAACACCGGGGUGUGGAACAAGAUCACCCUGCAGAGGAGCAAGCGCAAGGGCUACCUGUCCAUCAUGGCAGCUGACCAAUCAUCAGAGAAGGAGGUGUUGGAGGCGGAGUCUCCGGGCUCCGCCUCCGACCUGAACCGCUCCGACCUCGACCCCAUCUACAUCGGAGGACUUCCCGCCUCUCGGCCAAUCAGGCGACAGGUGGUGUCCAGGUCGUACAUCGGCUGCAUAAAGAAUGUGGAGAUCGCUCGCUCCAACUUCGACCUGCUGAGGGACGCAUACGGAGUGAGGAAGGGCUGUGUGCUGGAGGCGGUGCGCAGCGUCUCGGUGUUUGGCGGUGGCUUCGUGCAGCUGUCUCCUGUGUCUCUCGGCCAGCAGGGGGAGCUGCUGCUCUCCUUUUCCUCCAGAAACCAAUCAGGAGUCCUGCUGGCGGCGUUCAGCCCGGACGACACACACGCCACACACACACUGCGAGCACGGCCACACACACCGCAGACCUUCCUGUCAGUCCAGCUGGUGUCAGGCUGGUUGGAGGCGGAGCUUGGCGAGGUGGGCGGGGCCAGUCGCAGGGUGCAGGUGAAGCCUCGGAGCGGCUCCUUCAGCGACGGAGCCGAACAUUCGCUCAUCCUCACCGCCAGCAGGAAGUCUCUGUCUGUCCAGGUGGAUGAGGACCAUGUAGAGUCAGUGUCCCUGUCGCCGGGCGGGGUGUCCCCUCUGUCUCUCUCCUCCCUCUUCAUUGGUGGGCUGCCGGCGGGGGAGGAGUCCCGUCUGCCAAUCAGACUGCAGAAUGACAGCAGGUCGUUCAGGGGCUGCAUCCAGAACCUGGUGGUGGGCGGAGCCCUCGUCGACCUAUCAGGAGCCACACGGUACGAGGGGGUGGAGCUCGACAGCUGCCUAUUGGAGGAGAGGGUUGGGGGGGCGGUGCUUCCUGAUGACCAGGAAGUAGAACCCACCCCUGACCCCGCCCACCUGCCCAUCAUCCCGCCCACCCAGCUCAGUGCCCUAACACCUGGAGCUCUGACGUGUGCGUCAGAGGCGGAGCCAACCUUCCUGCCAGCAGCCAAUCAGUUUGGUUUAUCCAGACACAGUCACAUGACCUUCAGCAUCAACCCCAGCACUGUCCGCAAGAGUCUGCAGGUCAGGUUGUCCCUGAGGACCCUGUCCCGGGACGGGCUGCUCCUCCUCUCCUCCUCUCAGAUGGAUUACGCCGUCCUGCGGCUGGCGGCCGGGCGGCUGCUGAUGUCAGCUGACCUCGGCAAAGGCUCCGCCUCCGUCACCUCCUCUGUCGCCGUCAACGAUGGACAGUGGCACACUGUCAGCGCGGAGCUCAGCCGCCGCUCCAUCUCGGUGUCGGUCGACGGUUCGACGCCGCAGUCAACGUCUGUGAAAGGAAACCAGCUGGACGUCGACGGCACCGUGUACCUGGGAGGACUGCCACACACACACACCGCCAAGAGGAUCAACGUCAGCAGCAGUUUUCCAGGCUGUCUUCGCUCCGUCAGUCUGAACGGCGUCAGGCUGGAUUUGUCCCGCCCCUCCUCGCAGCAUGAUGUCACUUCCUGUUUCAGCAGCCAGCAGCCAGGAAGUUACUUCAACGGCACCGGAUACGCUGCUCUGAUGCGUGAUGGCUACAAGGUGGGCUCUGACCUGUCAGUGUCUCUGGAGUUCCGGACCAGCCAAUCAGACGCCGUCCUGCUGGGCAUCAGCAGCGCCAAGGUCGACGCCAUCGGCCUGGAAAUGAUCAACGGACAGGUGGCGUUCCAUGUGAACAACGGUGCCGGCCGGAUGUCGGUGCUGUCGGCGGGGCCCCGGCUCUGUGACGCUCAGUGGCACCGCCUGCUGGCCAGGAAGACCAAACACAGCCUCACCCUCACCCUCGAUGGGCGGAGCCACAGCACGCCCAACCCCUACCCACAAUCCACCUCUGCAGAGACCAACAACCCCGUCUAUCUGGGAGGAUACCCCGACGGGGUGAAGCAGAACUGUCUGUCCUCCAGGUCCAGGUUCAGAGGCUGUAUGAAGAACGUGCAUCUCAUUAAGGCUCACCUGGACGACGCCCUGGACCUGAGCUCCGCCCACUUCCUGUCAGGAGUCGUUCCCAACUCUUGUCCUGCUGCCUAGCAACAGCCAGCUGGGCUCCUAUUGGUUAACAGAUGCAUCUAGCUAGAUUCCUAUUGGCCCUGAGUCCAUGUCCCAGACCAGUUUCCCCGUCAGUCUGAACACGUGAAACCAGUUUCCCUGUGGAAUGCUGAGGUGAACAUGUUUGUCUCCAUGGCAACACGACAUUCUGCUACUCUGGUUGUUAUGAAAAAGAAAAAAAAAACAUGUGUAUUAUUGAUCAUGUGAACCAUAAAACCUCCAGUUUCCUUUAAUGUCUGACUAGAAACGAUGAUGAUGAUGAUGAUGGUGAUGCUGAUGAUGAUGAUGAUGAUGAUGAUGAUGAUGAUGAUGAUGAUGAUGGUGAUGAUGAUGAUGAUGAUGAUGAUGAUGAUGAUGAUGAUGCUGUAGUCUGAACAUUCCUGUCUGUUAAUAAAGUAGCUGCACCUUUAAA